UCCCUCCCUGCCUCCCUCCUCCCGCUCCCUCUCCUCUGCUAUAGAGGUUUUCUACAGCACUUCCCAGUCAGUGUGUUCAGCCUGCCUGCCUGCCUCUGUGUGUGUGUGUGUGUGUGUGUGCAUGUGUGUGUGUGUGUGAGCGUGUGUGCGUGCGUCUACUUUGUACUGGGGAGAACACAGCCCAUGUGCUCUGCAUGGACGUUACUAAUACUCUGUUUAGCUUGAUUUUCGACAAGCAGGCAAGAUGUCCAGCACACCACAUGACCCCUUCUAUUCUUCUCCUUUCGGCCCAUUUUAUAGGAGACAUACACCUUACAUGGUACAGCCAGAGUACCGAAUCUAUGAGAUGAACAAGAGACUGCAGUCUCGCACAGAGGACAGUGACAAUCUCUGGUGGGAUGCCUUUGCCACUGAAUUUUUCGAAGAUGACGCCACAUUAACCCUUUCCUUUUGUUUGGAAGAUGGACCAAAGCGAUACACCAUCGGCAGGACCCUGAUUCCCCGUUACUUUAGCACUGUAUUCGAAGGAGGAGUGACAGACCUGUAUUACAUCCUCAAACACUCUAAGGAGUCCUACCACAACUCAUCCAUCACGGUGGACUGCGACCAGUGCGCCAUGGUAACCCAGCAUGGGAAACCCAUGUUUACCAAGGUGUGUACAGAAGGCAGGCUGAUCUUGGAGUUCACCUUUGAUGAUCUCAUGAGAAUAAAAACAUGGCACUUUACCAUUAGACAAUACAGAGAAUUAGUACCAAGAAGCAUCCUAGCCAUGCAUGCACAAGAUCCUCAGGUGCUGGAUCAGCUGUCCAAAAACAUCACCAGGAUGGGUCUCACAAACUUCACCCUCAACUACCUCAGGUUGUGUGUAAUACUGGAGCCAAUGCAGGAACUGAUGUCGAGACACAAAACCUACAACCUCAGUCCUCGUGACUGCCUGAAGACCUGCUUGUUUCAGAAGUGGCAGCGGAUGGUGGCCCCACCAGCGGAACCCACGAGGCAACCAACCACCAAACGGAGAAAAAGAAAAAACUCCACCAGCAGCACUUCCAACAGCAGCGCUGGAAACGCCAGCAACAGCACCGGGAGCAAGAAGAAGACCACGGCGGCAAACCUGAGCCUGUCCAGUCAGGUACCUGGGCUAGGAGCCAUCCCGAACUGCAGCCUCAACCCUGGGAGGGAUGGAGACCUGUGUCAUUCAACAGCAGUGACCCCUUCUGGCCAAUUUAAGGAGAAGCAUUGAGGGGCCCUGAAAGGAGUCACUUCCAGUCCUCCUCAGAGGAUGUGAUGGUGGUAGGAGAGCCAACUCUGAUGGGAGGUGAGUUUGGGGACGAGGACGAAAGGCUAAUCACUAGAUUAGAAAACACGCAGUAUGAUGCGGCCAACGGCAUGGACGACGAGGAAGACUUCAACAAUUCACCCGCCCUGGGAAACAACAGCCCGUGGAGCAGUAAACCUCCAGCCACGCAAGAGACCAAAUCAGAAAACCCCCCACCCCAGGCUUCCCAGUAAGAGGUCCUGCCGGCAGAGAUCCACUGUGGAUAGGCCCCACCCGUGGGGUAGAGUUCCAAUGGCAGAUCUUAACUUUCAGGAGAGGAGCAAGGAGAAAUUACAACUUUCCCAUGCAAAGAUCUAUCCCUAAACCACAAUGAUCAAUGCUCUGGUUUUCUUUCUUGCAUUCUUUUUUUUUUUUUUUU